GCAGCUGCUAACAUCUACUUUAGACUGCUGGAAUUUAAAAUUUAAAUGGGUUACAGUGUGGAACUGGGGAUGACAAGAGUUGCAGUGGGUGGAGAAUAAUGUCGAAAUCACAGUCCAAAUAGUGGGAUUGUUCUUUUGAAUGGGUGUUUUGUUACUAGCGAAUUAGCAAAAAAAGCGUAGUUAACUUAAACAACUGUUAGGUGCCAUUUACUUCCUGAUUGUGACUGUCAGAGAGUGCGACGUAAAAGGGCCGUACUUAUGGGUAGGCGUUUCUACCUGUACACCGGUUUGAAAGAUGUCCUGUCCACAGAAGUGCCCUGAAUGUGGAUCUUGUGAAAUAGUGGAUAGCACACACUAUUCAGAGAGUCAUGUGGUUUGUUCGGACUGUGGUUUUGUGCUAAGUGAAGGCUUGAUUACAACUACCAUUUCUGAGGAAGCUAAUUUGCAUGAGGUGAAGUAUACCAAAAGCACUGAACACGAGCACCCUAGCAAGAGCAAAAUACGUGGUUUUACCAGAAUACGCGACUUGUGUAGAAUUCUACGCACUGUACCUAUUGUUGAAGAAACUGCUCUGUGUCUGUAUGAGAAGGCAUAUGACCAUCCUGUGUACCAUGCUCUCCAUCUGGAUAAGAAAGAGGUCAUGGUGGGCUGCUCUGUUUAUAUAGCUUGUCGACAAAACAACUGGCCUGUUACCAUAGGUACUGUAUGCUCCCUGCUUAAUGCUGACCAGAGUCUUUUCUCUAAACUGUAUCUGAGUUUUUUAAAGGAGCUGGAGAUUGACAUUCCUGCAGUGGACCUGGCCGACUUGGUGAAGCUACACUGUGGAAGCUUUUUAAUGCUGCAAAGUUCUACAUCUGUCCCUCCAAAGUUUGCAGAAGAUAAACUAAAGGUUGUUGAACGAACUGUACAAAUUGUAGAACUAGCCAGUGAAACAUGGCUUGCCACAGGUAGGCAACCCAUUCCACUUAUAACUGCUGCAGCCUAUUUGGCUUGGCAGUCUCUGCGGCCAGUGGAUCGUCGGAAAUGCAAACUGUCAUUUUUUUGUGAGCUUGCUGGUGUGGAGGUGCCUCGAGCAUCUUGGCUCAGACUAAAAGAAAUUAUUGAAAUUCUUCUAAAACUGGCCUCCUGCCUUCCAUGGAUUUCAGUACACAAGAUUAAAAAGGCUAAUAUUGUAAUGUACAUUAGCGAUGUUUUACAACACCAUUUAUUCCUGCUUAAAGUACCAUUGGCAAGCUCUGCAGCUUCAGAGGAUCAGUCUGAAAAUGGGAAUCCUUCAGUGGAGCAUAAAAGGAAACUUGAAUUUUGCCCACCAUCUUUCAAAAAAAUCAGAAUGGAUGAUACGACUCCAUCUAACCUAGAGAAGGUAGAAGAAAAAAUCACAGGGGAUGAAGAGAUUUCAGACGGUGAAAUCGAGCAAUAUCUUCGCACACCAGAUGAAGUAAAGGCAUUCCAGGAGCUUCAUAGAUGCUUAAUGUAAAUUACAGUGAUUUGAGAUGUGACUUUAUAAUCUUCGUCAAAGUUGCCCUGCUUAUCCGUUACUUUGUUUUGUGAACAAUGUAACUGAUAUGUGCAGAGCAUGUGACAGCUGAGUAAAGUUUUUAUAAAUAAAAUAUUUGGCAGGCAUGGAGCUGUCUGUCAAGUUCUCA